AUGCUUUCCCUUCUUCGUCAAACGCUCCCAUUUCACCCGAUUCGACGCACCCUGAUCGACUCCUUCUCCCACAGAGUUUUGACGCCCCAGCGGCCUACUGUAAUUAGCAAAGGCCCGGUGAAGGUGGUGAUGCACAACUCGGGCGGCUUGCAGGCCCAACUGAAGAAUAAUCUCUACAAACCGCUGAUCGAUCAACAGCGCCCCGACGUCAUCUGCCUGAUCGAGACGAGGUGCACUGUAGAAAAAUGGUAUCGAGUCGAGAAGUUUUUGGAAGGCUGGGGAUACAAGGCUACCUACUCACCCGCGAAACUGACAUCAAAGACCGGCCGCAGCGGCGGGCUCGCCUUCCUCUAUCCCAACGACGUGGGCUGGACAGAUGUGCGAGCUAAACGGCCCGAUUUCACUUCCCGGAUAGCAGCCGAAGGGCUGCACGUGACGGCCACGCGCGAUGGCGUCCAACGCCACAUCGUGCUCAUCUACAUUUGGCCCGGUCAGCCCGAGAAGACGGUUCGUGCCUACCUGGGCGACGUCUGUAGGGAGUUCAAUGGCCCUAACACGAUCAUCACCGGGGACUUCAAUAUCCAGAAGGCGGCGGUUGAAGAUACGAUCCGGAUCAGCGGAAUGAUCCCCGUUUUUCCGCCGGGAAUGGAUACAAAUUAUCAUUCUAAAGGUAACACGGACAUCGACUACCUCAUCUGCUCACGUGACAUCUUGGUCAAGAAACGUGAUGCGGUGCAGCCGCCCUACAACCCGGGACGCAAGCACUUCCACAAGAUGCUCUACGCGGAGCUCAAAUUUGCAGACUCGAGCGGUUACACCGCCGGUGUCCGCCUUGAAACCGCCGACCGUAUCGCCAUACCGUAUUUCUAC